AGUGCAUUUCUUAAUCUCAAAAUCUCUAUUCAGGUAUCGAAGAGGUAUAUGAAACACUUAUCAAGGCGCUCUUCGUCAAUUGAUAAAUGAUCACUUCUUAUUCCCUCUCGUCCAAGUUUCUCCCCACUAUCCGCAAGGAAUCAAAUUAAUCAAUGGAAGCUAGGCAGUUCAUUUCGUCAGGUCACGAUGCCACGGUGCUUCUCUCGGACUGAUUGUAGUGGAGAGAAAUCCACCCCCAGGUCCUCCAUGAUAUCCACCUCCAUCAUCGACCUUCCCCAUCCGCACCUCAUCCGCUGGACCGCUCGAAAGUCUGUAACUCGAUCAAUCGCCCGUAACUGCAGACCUUAAGACUUAAUACAUCCCACACGCGCUCCUACGAGAGAUCCACGCGUAUUCGCUUCUCGCCGAGAUGUGCCGAGGUCCUCGAGAGAGGACAAGAAAUGCGGCUAACAAGAUACCAACGCUAAGCUUUGGGGCGCCGGGACCUUGGAAAAGGCUUGCAGCCAACCUGACAGCUUGAUCGAUCUUGUCGAUCCUAUCUACGCGGGCCUCUCAGAAGCCCUCAAAGGAUUUCCAUAUACGCCUCGUCCUGGAAAGCCUUACCAACACGCUGGUCGAGCUCUGCUAAGAAUCUCAUCGUUGAUUGACGCUCAUCACAGAAUGCUUCGAUUCCUCAAUGAACUGCUCUGAUCAUCCACUCUUUACCACCAAAGUUUUCAACUGGAAAGCUUGAUUACCCCACCAGAAAUCAAAUUGUUGAUUGCCUUGAUCAGGUACUAGUAGUUUCAAGUUUCGUCAUAAGUCGAGCCUCGACCAACUCUGGAAUAGUCCGCCAUGUGGUUUCCCUACUUAGAUUGAUCUAGGUAAUCUAACAAUGCAAUUCGGUCGGAUCUUACCUAGAUCAGCGGAAGCUAUCUCGACUGACCUUGACCAUCAAGCUAUGCGCACCAGUUAAAAUGCGUGCUCAUCAACUCUGUUAAGAGCCUCAUGCGGACAUCUGAGCUUUGGUUCCACAAUGAUUCCAUCAACCCUAAAAGUGUCAGGUCUCCGUGAUGGGGACCCCCGCAGGUGCUUCCCCAUGUCCCGUAUAUCCCCAGCUUGAGGUUAGCAGUAAGUGACCUGCAUAGCUCCGGGGAUACUGUGGACCACGAGAAAAGAUAUAAAAGGGAGGUAAGCUUCCUUGCGUUUGCUUUUCCAGUCUUGUUUUCUUCAUCCUUCUUUCAUUUUUCACUUCACUGUAUUCCAGGCAAGUGUAGAAUAGUUGGCCAAGAUGAGCGACCCUAUCGUCGAUUCCAAGGGGGGGGACUUCCCAGACGCCGAGGUCGAAAAGGCAUACUCUCAGCAUGAACAUGCUUCCGAUCUCGAUGAGAUGGCGAAGGUCUCCGACUUCAAGGCCGACGCCAUCGAGGCUGAGAACACGGAGCAUAAUAUGGGUGUGUUGGAGGCAGUGAAAGCAUAUCCCAUGGCUUCCCUUUGGGCUUUUAUCAUGUCCUGUACCAUUAUUAUGGAAUCAUACGAUGUCUUCCUCAUGAACAAUUUCAUGGCCCUCCCCAGGUUCAAGGAAGAUUUCGGCAUACGACAUGGUGAUGGAUGGGUGAUUGAGACAAAGUGGCAGUCUGCACUUCAGAUUUCUGGACAGCUGGGUGCCUUGAUCGGUGUCUUCCUCGCCGGACCUCUAACCAGUAGAAUCGGCUACCGCUACGCCACCUUGACCGGCCUCAUGGCUUUGAACGCCUUCAUUUUCGUGUUCUACUUCGCCAACUCACUUCCCGUCAUGUUCGUGGCUCAAAUUCUCGAGGGCAUCCCAUGGGGUAUCUUCAUCGCAAACGCACCCGCGUACUGCUCUGAGAUUGUGCCUUUGAGACUCCGUGCUCCAGCUACUCAAAUGCUUCAGAUGUUCUGGGCUAUUGGAAGUAUCAUUGUUGGUGGCGUUACCUACCAUUACAAUGGCACCAAUCAUGAAGAUGCUUACAGAAUCCCGAUUGCCCUGCAAUGGCUCUUCCCAACUCCACUCGCCAUCCUCAUUUGGUGCGCCCCAGAGUCACCCUGGUGGUUGGUUCGUAAGGGUCGUCUUGAAGAAGCUGCUCAUUCAAUUGGACGUCUGGGACGCAGAUCAAGAUUGAAGCCAAAAGAAAUUGUUGCUAUGAUGCGUCGUGUCAUCGAUCAAGAGUUGUCCCAGAAAGAGCCUAACCACCUUGAGUUGUUCAAGGGCGUUGAUCUUUACCGUACUCUGAUCGUAUGUGGUGUAUACGCUGCGCAAAAUCUUACUGGUAACCUCAUUGCCAAUCAAGCCGUGUACUUCUUCGAGCAGGCUGGAGUAUCAACUAACACCGCGUUCGCAUUGGGUCUCAUUACAUCCGCCCUGCAGAUGAUCUUCGUCAUGCUCUCCUGGAUUCUCACCACCUACGCCGGCAGACGUACCAUCUACCUCUGGGGCUCCGCAGUUAACACCAUUCUUUUGGUAGCCCUUGGUAUCGCAGCUUGCUUCGGCAUGUCAGAUGCUGCUGCCCUUGCGCAAGCAUCACUUGGUCUCAUUGUCUCCGUUCUAUUCACUCUGGGCUCCGCGCCAGCCUCAUGGGUUAUCAUCGGAGAGACGUCCGCAAUCCGACUCAGACCUCUUACAACAGGUAUGGGCCGAGCCUUAUACUAUAUCGUUGAGAUCCCUUGUAUCUUCUUGGGAAGUUGGAUGUUGAACCCGACGGGUGGCAACCUCGGAGGCAAAUGUGGCUUCGUCUGGGGCGGAACAGGUCUCUUCUGUUUGAUCGUUGCGUACUUCUUUCUGCCAGAGAUGAAGAACCGCUCAUACCGUGAAAUCGACAUCUUGUUCAAGCGACGCGUGUCUGCACGCAAGUGGUCCAAGACUGAGGUCGAUAUCAACUCGGAUGAGUAGAUGGCUCUACCAGAUAUAUGUUGAGUUAGAGUGGCCUUGAGAUACGGAUAGCGCUUACAUGCUGCUGGCAGCGUUCCUGUUGGUUGUAAUCAUGAAUGGUACAACUUUUGUGAGAAGAUUGAAAACUCCCAAAAGAAGAUGCCGUUUGAAGGCCAGCGACGAUACCCAUAUAGCAACAUAGCUACUCGUGUAUGCAUUUUCAGUAUUUCCAAAGUUCUUAAAACGGUCUACUGUUUACGUUACUAUGCCAUCUCGUUGAAAGAGCUGGAGCAGAGAGCAGUUAUUAUUCUGAUCCUCAGUCUAUACUAGCAGUCAGUUACAGCCAUCCAUCGUCAGCAAACAAUAGUUACAACACAGUACACCACCCUCCCCAAAAUCCAGACUUUACAGCUUGAUCUAGUUUCUAGAUUACCCUGAAAAGCUGCCAUCUAGGGUAGACCUCCCAACCCUAGCAGACACGCAAAUCGAACACCUCAACCACGAACACACCGCUCGGCACCUCUACAGAAGCGAAUGCAGGAACCGCUUGAUCCGGCAUUUACAUCCCGUAGGCAGAGAAAAGGGUAUGAUUUAGACCCAUGAUUCGCUGGAUGAUAUCGCUUCGCUCGGUGCUUCUAUGGGGAAAUAAGGGGAAGGAACUUUCAAGAGCGGUGAGAAAGGCGUAAUUGGACAAGUGAGGUCUAGAUGGAGGUGUAUCUAUCCAUGUGCGGGGUAUGGUGCAGUGAGACUGGGGAGGGAGUUGGUGCGCGGAUGGCGGCUAAUUGUCUAGAGUGCGGGAAGAAAACCUACUUUAUAUUGCAGUUGAGAAGAUCUAGACUCUUUAUUGAGAACUAAUAUGCUCAUAUUUAG